UUAGACACCGAAAGUGUCUGGUUUGGUGUGUCUCCUUUUCAACCUUGGCCUGCUUAUAAUCCUUUUCUUUUUCCUUUUUUCUUCUUUUUCCUGACAGAACUAGUGACUGGCUGCUCAUCUGGGCUGGGAAGAUCCUUUGCGAAAACAAUCUACAAUGCCGGCCACCGCAUCGUCGCGACAGCUCGCAACGUCGAGUCCCUUUCAUACCUCCCCGACGAACCCUCCGUGCUCAAACUCUGCAUCGAUGUGACGUCUGACAAAGCUAUUGCCGCGGCCAUUGCAAUAACCGUGGAAAAGUUUGGACGGAUCGACGUCGUUAUCAACAAUGCCGGGUAUGGACUCAUAGGGGAUAUGGAGGCUAUUUCAGAGGCCGAGGCACGACAGCAGCUCGAGACCAAUUUCUGGGGACCAGUUCAUGUCACCUGCCAAGCACUUCGGGUCUUUCGGGAAGUCAAUCCCCCUGGCCAAGGAGGUACGAUCGUCCAGGUAUCCUCCAUGGGUGGGUGGCUCACUGCACCCGGCCAUUCUUUCUACCAUGCUAGCAAGUUUGCCUUGGAGGGAUUCACGGAAUCCGUGGCCAAAGAGAUGGACCCCGACUGGAAUAUCAAAUUCCUGAUCGUUGCCCCAGGGGGUGUGCGGACCAACUUCGCCGGACCCAGUUUGAAGCUGACUCCUCGCCAUCCUGUGUACGAUACCCCGACGAGUGUUCUCAGCCAAGUAAUCAAGUAUAUCACCAAUCCCGCAAUUCAAACCACCUGGAGUGACCCCGACAUCUGUGCCCAGGUGCUUUUUGACUGCGUGAUCAAACGGCAUCAACGACCCCUGCCGAUGCGCCUGUUCAUGGGAGCUGAGACCAUCCCCCUGAUUCGGGAUGAUGUGGCAAAAACCCUGGAGGAGGUGGAUGCUUGGGAAGAAGAAACUACCCGGUGUUCGCCAAUGGGUGGCGCACAGCUAGCCAGUUUUUGA